AUGCCAAAUGAAAGAAAAUUGAGAUCAAAGGAUGAAAUACGGAGAUCCAAUCCUACGCUAUUCAACUUUGAAAAGAUUAACAAGCUACUUUUCAGAGAUCAACCCAUCAAGGUAACCUCUUCACUAAACUUUGAAAAUUUGUACAAUGAAUCCGGCGCUUCGAGCUCGUCUCAGCAACCCAAAGUACCGACUUCCAAAGCAAACUCUGUUGUAAUAAGGGAAGAGUUACUUCCUAGAAAGUCCAAAGGAAAGGCUAGAGACGUUCCCUUGCAAGAUUCCAAUUAUGAACUCUUCCACAAGAGAAUGAAAAAGGAAGAAAAGAAAAUGACGAACAUAGACAGGCAAAGGAUCCUUAAUGAAUGUGAUACGUUGGAAACGCUGCUACGUCUACUUGAGCAACACGAUUGGGUAAAGCAUAUACGAAGUAUAACGCAAAUCUAUGACCCACAUAAUUACAAAGAGCUAGAGUAUAAGAAGGUGUUGACAAUUUAUGAAAUUAAACGCUUGUUAAAGAAAUAUGCAAGCUGGAAGAAACGAGAAGAUCAGUUAAUGCUAGAUAUCAAACAAUAUAACCAUAAAAUCUCACAUAGAGGGGAAAAUACCUUCAAUGCAGGUGACGUUGUAUCAAAUGGCCACAGCAUUCAUAAUGACCUAGAACCCAACAGCGAUCUGGUUGAGAGUGAGUUUUCACUAUCACUUGAUGAGUUAAAGAAUAAACGAAAGUCGGAAAGGUGCCAGAAGUAUGGCCAAAUCAUAAAAUUAAAACUACACAAUGGCUUAUCUUUAGUGAUAGAUCCAGUGUUUCCUCCUAAAUUCAUACAAACAUUAGAUACCAGCACUAAGACUACACCAGUUACUUCUAAUUCUCCCGAGCCUAAGGAUACUUCCACUGAAGAAGUCGCCAAACUAGGUAUAGAAAUCCCAAAUAUCGAGCCUCAUAACUUCACUAUAUCUCAGAAUUGGAAGCUUCACUCGAAAGAGUGGAAAAGCGAAAGGGCUAAAUUAAGAAAUAGCCUACAUGCAAAGCAUAAUUAA